CAAGUCUUUGAAAUGUCUGGUCUGCGCAACGUCCAAUAUUGUGUUCUCGAAUAUGGCGAAAGUAGUGAAUGUACGUGUUGUGAUAAAUGCUCUAUUGUGACUUACUAUGUUUGAAAAUGGAUAGUAACGUGAUUAUUUAUACAAAGAAAGUGUGAUAAUAGUGUAAAUAUAUAUUUUGUUGUAAAAAAAGGAAAUACCAAAAUGUCUACAGAUAAAAUAAAAGUUGCAGUUAGGGUCCGUCCUUUUAAUCGUAGAGAGCUCGAAUUGGGCACACAAUGUGUUGUCAAAAUGGAAAAACAACAAACUCUUCUCCAGCAGCCUACGACCCUGGAUAAGAUGGAAAGGAAGCCGCCAAAGUCUUUUGCGUUCGACCAUUGUUUCUGUUCGGUGGAUCCGACCAUGGAAGGUUUUGCCUCACAGGAAGUCGUUUUUGAUUGCCUCGGGCGAGAUAUCCUUGACAAUGCGUUCCAAGGAUAUAACGCCUGCAUUUUCGCGUAUGGCCAAACAGGUUCCGGUAAAUCAUAUACAAUGAUGGGUUCGCAAGAAAAUAAAGGAAUUAUUCCGAGAUUAUGUGAUGCGUUGUUUGGCCUAAUUGCAAAACAACAAAGCUCUGAACUUACUUACAAAGUUGAAGUGAGUUACAUGGAAAUUUACAACGAAAAGGUUCACGAUUUGUUAGAUCCUCAAACGAACAAGCAAUCAUUAAAAGUAAGAGAACACAAUGUAUUGGGUCCUUAUGUCGACGGACUGUCCCAGUUGGCUGUAACUUCGUUCCAGGAUAUUGAUAAUCUGAUGGCUGAAGGUAACAAAUCGAGGACUGUAGCUGCGACAAAUAUGAAUAGCGAGUCGUCCAGAUCUCACGCCGUAUUUACAAUUGUCUUGACUCAGACUUUGGUUGAUACAAAAUCUGGCGUAACAGGUGAAAAAGUUAGUCGCAUGUCGUUGGUAGAUUUAGCUGGUUCGGAACGGGCUGUGAAAACUGGAGCUGUUGGUGACAGGUUGAAAGAAGGCUCCAAUAUCAAUAAGUCAUUAACAACGUUAGGUCUAGUUAUAUCAAAAUUGGCUGAUCAAUCAUCAGGGAAUAAAAAUAAAGACAAAUUUGUACCGUACCGUGAUUCGGUUUUAACCUGGAUAUUGAAGGAUAAUUUGGGUGGCAACAGCAAAACGGUCAUGGUGGCCACAAUUUCCCCCGCCGCCGAUAAUUACGAAGAAACGUUAUCUACUCUCAGGUAUGCCGAUCGAGCGAAGAGAAUCGUCAAUCACGCCGUGGUCAACGAGGAUCCAAACGCCAGAAUCAUCCGAGAAUUGCGGCAAGAAGUCGAAACUUUGAAGGAAAUGCUCAAACACGCGACUGGUUCUCCAGUCGGUGAUAUCCAGCGAGUUGAUAUUCACCAGAAAUUGAGCGAGAGUGAAAAAUUAUACAAAGAAGUGUCUCAAACGUGGGAAGAGAAACUAAUGAAAACGGAGCGAAUUCAAAACGAGCGGCAGCAAGCCCUCGAAAAAAUGGGAAUUAGCAUACAGGCGUCGGGUAUCCGAGUCGAGAAAAAUAAAUAUUACUUGGUUAAUUUGAACGCGGACCCGUCCCUUAACGAGCUCCUGGUGUACUAUCUGAAGGAGCGGACGGUGGUCGGAGCGAGGGGCUUCGAUUCGGGGCUGGAGCCCGAUAUACAAUUAUCGGGCUUGGGGAUCCAGCCCGAACACUGCAUAAUCACCAUAGAGGACGGCGGCCUGUUUUUAGAGCCGGUGGCGAACGCGCGAUCCUACAUCAACGGCUCGCAGGUCACCCAGAGGACGCAGCUGAGACACGGCGACCGGAUAGUUUGGGGCAAUCACCACUUCUUCCGAGUGAAUUGCCCGAGAUCAGUUUCUGCCACUUCGGAACCUCAAACACCAGCACAAAAUAUCGAUUAUAACUUCGCCCGCGACGAACUUAUGCUGAAUGAACUUAUUAACGAUCCGAUACAGGCUGCUAUCUCGCGUCUUGAAAAACAACACAAGGAGGAUAAGCAAGUCGCAUUGGAAAAACAACGAAUGGAGUAUGAGAAGCAAUUCCAGCAGUUGAGGAACAUUAUGUCGCCCUCAACGCCGUACCCGCCCUAUUCCUACGAUCCCUUGAGGGCCAAUUUCGGAAAAACAACUCCUUGCACACCUACUACACAAAUGCGAGUUGAAAAGUGGGCACAAGAACGGGACGAAAUGUUCAAACGCAGCAUAGGACAGCUGAAAGAAGGCAUAUAUCACGCUAAUUCCCUGGUGCAAGAAGCCAACUGUUUAGCCGAACAAUUGGGACGCCAAACGAAAUUUAGCGUCACUCUACAAAUACCUCCGGAUAAUUUAAGUCCCAAUAGAAGGAAAGGUGCAUUUGUAAGCGAACCUGCCAUUUUAGUCAAACGAGGGACGCAGAGUCAAGUCUGGUCGAUGGAAAAAUUGGAAAAUAAAAUCAUUGACAUGCGGGAACUCUACGAGGAGAAGAAGGAACAGGCCGACCUGUCGAAGGAAUCCCCAGUCAAGGGCCCCGACCCCUUCUUCGAAUCGCAAGAAAAUCACAAUUUGAUAGGUGUUGCCAACAUUUUCCUCGAAUGUCUGUUCCACGACAUCAAGCUUGACUACCACACACCUAUAAUAAGUCAGCAGGGGGAAGUUGCCGGUCGCUUACAGGUCGAACUUAGCCGCGUUGCUGGAACUUUCCCUCAAGACCGGAUAUGCGAAGCUGCUUCAGAUAGCUCCUCCGAUAGCAGCCACGACGAUGAGGACCACGGCACUCCCAGCGUCACCUGCCGCGUCCACAUCAGACAAGCUUCAGGUUUACCGCUAUCACUGUCACACUACGUGUUCUGCCAAUACACCUUUUGGAACCACCCUGACCCGAUUGUCGUGCCCACAAACUCGGAUGUUGCCACGUUCCAGUUGCCGGUUUCCAAAGACUCGACGGUGUUUAAAUUCGACCAUGUGAAAGAUUUUGUUGUACCUGUAACCGAAGAGUUCCUCGAGCACUGCGCCGAAGGCGCCCUCUCCAUAGAAGUGUGGGGCAACAGAAGUGCCGGCUUUUCCAAGCACAAACCCGGCUGGGAAGUCGAGCAACAACUCGCCACAGCCCGGUCUUUGGUCGACCGGUGGUCCGAACUGACCCGAAAAAUCGAACUCUGGGUCGAAAUACAAGAACUGAACGACCAGGGAGAAUACGCCCCGGUUGAAGUCACCACCAAAAACGAAGUAUCAGCCGGGGGGGUGUACCAGUUGCGUCAGGGACAGCAGAGACGGAUCCAGGUCCGGGUUAAGCCGGUCCAGAACUCUGGAACACUACCAAUCAUCUGCCAGGAAAUUGUCAAAAUCGAAGUUGGGGGCGUGAUGGUACGAAGCCGGCUCCAGAAACACCUGGACUCGUACCAAGAGGAGGACUUGACGGUUUUGAGGGAGAAGUGGAACGAGGCGCUCUUGAGGCGCCACCAGUACCUGGAGCAACAAAUCAAAAAGCUGCUGGAGAAGCCGAACAAGACCGACCAGGACUGCGAACGCGAGCAGAGUUUGAUGGACCAGUGGGUGAAUUUAACGGAGGAACGCAAUGCUGUUAUUAUUCCGAAGCCGGGGGCUGGGAUUCCUGGUGCCCCAGCUGUGUGGAGCCCACCACCCGGCAUGGAACCCUACGUCCCAGUCCUAUUUUUAGAUUUAAAUGCCGAUGAUUUUAGCACGCACCAAUCUGGGGUCGAGGUUACUGUGGCUGGUGCUAACUCAAUCCUGCCUAAGGAAGUGGGUAGUACGUUUUACAGUCUACACAUUUUGCACCACUUGGAGAAAGAUGUGUGUGCUGUGGCCAGCUGGGACUCGUCGAUUCAUAACAGUUCACAUUUGAAUAAAAUAACAGAACCAAUGGAGCGUGUUUAUAUGAUUUUGCGGAUUACGGUGCGGUUGUCGCACCCUGCACAGAUGGAUCUGGUACUCAGAAAACGUCUCUCCUUGAAUAUCUACAAGAGACAGAGCAUUACGGACCGAAUUAAACGAAAAAUAGUCCGUUCGGAUGUCAUUACUCAGUGCGGUGUUACGUACGAGGUUGUUUCAAACGUGCCGAAAGCGAGCGAAGAGCUGGAAGAUCGCGAGUCUUUAGCCCAGCUUGUGGCGUCUGGGGAAGAUUCGUCUUUAUCCGAUGGAGAGACUUACAUUGAAAAAUACACCCGUGGUGUGAGCGCUGUUGAAAGUAUCUUAACGUUAGACCGUUUGAGGCAAAGUGUCGCUGUGAAAGAACUGCUUCAAGCUAAAGGCCAACCACUGAUGAGGAAAACAGCAAGUGUGCCUAACUUCUCCCAGGCUUUGGAAACAAAGAAUGGGUUCAUGAGGUUAGAUAUGAGCACCGAGUCGCUCCAUAUGUCCCGCUCUGAGAGUGUGUCGGAACUGAACAGUGAACUUCACGGAGUUACGACUCCCUUGAGGCCGAGGAGCAGCUUCGGGAAGGACUCCGAAGGCACUCCUUCGAAACCCUUCGGCAUAGGCUCCAUUCUUUCAGCUCGGCCGACUUUCUUAAAUCUCAGCUUAAAUCUGAACUCUUUACGGUUACAACAACCUACAGGAAGUUCAAAACUGUUCCCCGGUAUUACUUCACCUGCUAAUACCAAGUUGGGCUUGAGAAUGACCACUCUUCACGAGGAACAGCCUUCGUUGCCUAGAAAACAUUCCUUGGAUAUUCUGAGUGAUGACACAAUUGAAGAGCAGUGUGAAGAGGGUCAUGACGAAAAACACGAAGUUACUUAUAACGUGAGGAGUAGAACCAACGGACGACGAACAAUUCCCACUUCACGAACUCUCGACUCCCUUGUCGAACUCGCUCCCAAGUCUAGCACACCUUCUACGACUUCAAGUGGCUACGGUUCUCAAGCAGUUUCGUCAACAAACUUAUCAAGCGACGAUUCGAUGUCUUUGCGAAGCAUCAGUGUUGACGAAACACCAGAUUUGGAAGCGAAGCCAGUUUCCAAUGACCUGCAACCGGUUUCGGAAGCAACUGAUAGUUCGAGCGAAACUUAUCAAGAAAGCAAUUACGGUGGCGAAAGCAAUGAAAAUGCCGACGAUUUCGUCGCCAAUGGCGUUGACAAUCAUUCCGAUAAUAACCAAGACAGACCUCCAUGUGACAACGAAGGAAGCUCAGUAAUCAAAACAAACCUAUCACCCGGAAAAGUCGUACGACGAAAAAAAUCAUCAAAAACGCAACACUCGCAGCGAGCGUCAUUCCCACAAAUACGGCCACAAUUAUCAGAAAGUAAAGUUGCUCAAAACUACGAACAAAGUCUAAUCCACACGAAUUUAAUACACGAUGACGAAGGAUUAGACAGUUCGACUGACCGAUUAGAAGACGACUCCGAAAACAAUUUCGGAUCGAAGCCUGACUUGACCAAGUUGUCAGAUGUUCCCGUCCCAGAGUGGGUCAUACUGGGCGAAAGUGUUCUUAUAAGACCGUACAAUUCGUCAGGUGUCGUCGCCUACAUUGGCGGCACCGAGUUCGCCUCUGGCACCUGGAUUGGCGUCGAGCUCGACGCCCCCAAGGGCAAAAACGACGGAAGUGUGCAAGGAGUGCGCUAUUUCAGCUGCCGGCCCAAGUACGGCAUGUUCGUACGCGCUGAUAAGCUGAUAUUGGACCGACGGGGCCGCGCAAUGCGGGCCUACAAGGCCGAUUCUCUUGCCAAUAACAAUAAGUGUGCGAGUGGAAAAGGCGACGGCGGCCUUCCCCGGUCGCGAUCGCGCGGCGAAGGCCUGAACAGCGUGGGGACGCGGCCCAGUUCUAAAGCCAAAUAGGCACAAUAACUAGUCCCCUCCAAUAAUCCACCCGAUUUUAUGUAUUAUUGUGUGUUGAAACACAUUCCAUGUGUGUAGCUGUGCCGUCCAUUUACGUGGCAUAGAAACUUCCUAGGUUUGGUUUUGGUCUUUUGCUUUGCAUUGCUGUUUGGUUGCACGACUUGACUUGGCCAACUGACUAAGCGACUACCUCUCAUUCCUACCGGCAAUCGUGUAAAUUGGUAGUUUUACAUGUGCCGUAGCUUUGGUAUAACACAGUGGCACAUAUCAAAUCAAUGGGGAAAUCGUUUUAAUCUUGUCAAAAUAAUCCAGUAUUAUCGGCUCUUCACGUUAUUUCUGGAAUAAUGGGGGCGAGAGCUUUCGUACCUUGAUAGUUGAACGGGUUAUUUGAGGAUUAAAUAAAUUCUUUGUGUUUGUUUUUAUUUUUUACGAUUUUUCUUGGUUUUUAUAUUUUAAGAAUUUCUUUCUGUGAUAAUUGCUGUUAGUUUCCACAGAAGCCCUGGAGUCUACUGGCUGAAGAGGGUAUAGGUUUUGCGUGCUGUAUAAUUGAACAGAUAUAGUACAUAAAUAUAUAAUUGUAAUAGAAUGUAGUUUACAUAAAGUAUUUAAACAAUUCUGUGUGUUUGUAGAACAUAUAGUGAUAAGAUAUGAUGAUAGGUCUGUAGUGAUGAUUUUUGCUAUUGUUUCGUCACGAGUAAGACUGCAUUCAGUUUGUCACCUGCAACGUUUUACAUUCCAUUUUUGAAAUAUAUGAUUAUGUAAAUUAAUACGCAAUGUUAUCUAGUCUUUACUGUUUGUUUGUUGCUCAGUGAUUAUGUUAAUCACCCAUUUGAUUCGGGUUUAGUCGUCCAGCCGAUAUUGGCUUCGGCAAAAUAAAUACUAGACCUGCACCUGUCCAAUUUGAACCGUUCUGUCCAAUUUGGGAUAAUAUUUAUGUAAAACUAUAUACCUGAUGAUGUAAAUUACUAGAAAUUCACGCUUCUUCGGUAUAUUUAUUUGCAUUCAACACGUUACUAUGAGUGUCACUCUAUGUUAGUCAUUGAACAUAACUGUAAUAUAGUUCCCUUGUAUUUAUAUGUUCAUCAAACAGCAACUAUAGGUACUUACACCGGCUCGUUUAGUCUAACAAUGCGGAUGCAUUCCGGACGCCCAUAGCUACACAGUUGAGGCCAGAGUUCUAGCCACAUGUACAUUUUCAAAUGUAAAUAUCGAUCAUUUUAAUAUCUGUCAUUAAUAAGAUGUAGGACGCUUUUAUUGUUACGUCAUUGCUCUACUGGGUUUUGUUAUUUAUUUGGAUGUAAGCAGCAAACUGUAAUUUUAUAGUUACAAUAUUUUACAUACAUUUUGUGUACAUUUUUGUUGUCUAUUGUGUACAUCUUUAAAUUAUUUUAACGCGACAUUUUGUAAUAGUUUUAAAGUUUAUUUGUAGCUGUGGUUCUACAAGCAAUUUCAAUAAAUACAUAUUAAAAACA